AUGAAAUACGGCCAACAGCUCGAGCAGGAAUCCGUUCCGGAAUGGAGUUUACAUAACGUCGAUUACAACUCUCUCAAACACGAAAUCAAGGUCCACACGACCCGCGACCAGGCCACCGCAAUCGCCAUCCCCGGCCAUCAAGACUCCGCUCUCAAGCGAUUCGAGGACAACCUCUACAACGAGCUCUGCCAACAGCAUGACCGGGUCGACCUUUUCGUGUCCAGCAAAGCCGACGAGAUUUCACGACGACUGCAAUACAUUUCCGACCAGCUCCAGAAGCUGAUUGUCAAAUGCGCCGAGGAUGGCGACCAUGUGACGCUCAAGCGCCACCGUAGGUUCGCCAAGUACGAGAGGGAUCUGCUUCGCUGCGGUGAGGAAACACUUGCACUCGCACGCUUCAUAAACGCUCAAAUCACGGCCUUCCGGAAGAUCACGAAGAAGUACAAGAAAUGGACGGGGUCUCCCACGCUCGGCGCGCGUUUCCGCGAGGGCGUUCUCGCCGACCCCAAGAGCUUCACCCGACGAGACCUGAACAACCUCCAAACCCGCUACGAGGAACUUCUUAAUGCUCUGCGCACUUCCAUCCCUCAGUUGAGCGAGCCCAGCUCGCCUUUCUCGGAUGAGCUGGUGCCCACGCGUCCGGGUUCCGGCGCGGACGAGUUUUUCUCGCCGCUUCCACCUGCCCGUCGGCAGCCUCGUCCUGUCGCGCAGCAAUACGAGCAGCAACAGCAGCACUACUGGAACGAGUACGAUGACGGAAGCGAAGCAGGCGGGCAGGAUGACGAGUACGCCAUCUACAUCAACCCCGACGACGACGUGAGUUUCCCGGGCCUGGACUCGAUGCGAGCUAUCCUUGCUGCACCCUUUCGCCAUGCCAGGAGAUGGUUUUCGCGGCGACAGGAUCCCGCGGGACAGCGACUGCUGGGAAACGCUCCGUUCCUGGAGAGUUACGGCGGUAUCUCGGCUCUUGGUACCGAUACCGACGACGAGUAUGCCAGCUCCGAUGGCAUGCCCACGACGGGAUAUGCCACGCACUACGCCACUUUACCGAGCGUCGGCGAGCAACACGUCAGAAGGUACCGCGAGCAGGUCCUGUUCUGGGGCACCAUCGGCUGUUUUGGCUUCUCUUUCCUGUUGCUCCUCGUGGCCGGCAUCCUCAUCUCAACUGGUCGCCACAAGCUCCGCGCUGAGGUGGACGCCGGUGUCACGGUCGGCGUCGUGGCCAGCCUAUUCAGCGCCUGUCUUGCCUUGGGCAUGUCGCUAUACCGCCGCGACGACCUGGGCGUCUGGCAACGCGUGGCUGUCUACAGCAGCUUCUUUGCGGCUUGUGCCCUGAACGGAAUGCUGUUGAUCCUGGUGGUGGGAAACGCGGCAUAG